AUGGCCUUUAUGGAAUUACCAACAGAGUUGAUGCAACAAAUCAUCCCGUACACUCUACCAGAGGGAUUCGAGAGCCUAGCAUUAACAUGCAAGCUUCUCUACACACUGUGCACUCCCUUUCUCGAGCACCAUAACAAUCUACGCUUUCAUUUCCGGAAGUUCGAAUACAACAAGACGAACAAAGACUUCAGGGAAUUUAGAUAUCAUCACGACUUGCUUCGGUUCCCUAAUACAUCGACCUCGGCGUAUAGUCUACUCUCGCAAAUUGCUAUCGAGCCAGUCGUGGCCCGCUAUAUUCUUGAGGCCGACUUCUCCCUUGAUAGCCAUAUCUAUGAUCGCAUUCCCCCGCCGUUGCGUGAGAGGGCCGUGCAUGAAGCAUGGGGAGAUCGAGGCGAGGCCGUGCGUCAACUUUUCGCAAACUCAUUAUACUUGAGGGAAGCAGGACUCGACUGGGAGGAAUACUACAACACUAUGAUGGAGGAUAUCAAUAGCUGGCGCCGGUCAGAACAUGCUGCUGCCUUUCUCCUGACGCUUCUACCAAAUCUGGAGGUACUCACGCCAAAGUUUUCCGAAUUCCGGUCCCCUGCACCCCAAAAGCUCAUCACUACCAUCCUUGAGAUUGCUAGGCGAAAUCCGCAUGGUAAUGCCAGCCUUUGCUCCUAGCUCUGCCGCGUAAGAGAAGAGGCUAUGGAAUCAUAUCUCAAUUGUCGAGAGAAAGGCUUCAGGAUAAACGUAACUAGCAUGGCGCUCAUGAACUGCGAUGUGAAUCCUACCAUGAGAAAGAACAAAAGGGAAGCUGCCAUCAUGAUCAGGCUCGCCAGGGUCAUCAAUGCCUUUAGAAGAUCCAUCGACUCUUUUGAUACCCGAAAUGAGUCUCUGGUAGACGGCUCAGGUUCAAAUGCAACAAGAACAGCGUAUUCAUCGGGAUAACCUGGGUCAUGGCCGCAUUCCAGAGUCUUGGGCGCAUUUGCUUCAAUAGCGUUUCGCUAAGCAGAAGUUAUACUGGGUGGCACGGUCGCAGUCCAGUGGACGAUCUUCGAAAAGGCUCAAUCAGAAGCUGUAUUUAGCAGGAGAUGGGUGGAAUGCUACUACUUUUGAUGUGUUGAGACUUGCACAUAUGUACUCACUCAAACUGAACAGGUACAUUCCCGAUUAUGGCAUGGCUAUCAGACCCUGAUCCACAGAGAAGCUCAGUGGUAAGAUUGUUCCAAUCAUACCAGUGGAAAAUUGUGUUAGUGGCGGCUCCUCGUACUGGGGCUUUUUAGGGGCCGCAGCGUCGUUUUGUUGAAUACUUGAUUCGCGUGCGAAGGAUACACCCGCA